UUGAGAUAAUAUUUAACAGCAAAACGCACGUGUCGCAUAACUGUAGUGUUCUCCGUGCGCGCAGCUCACUGGAUCGAUGGAGUUGUGAUUUUUCACAGAUAUCGGUUCUAGACUUCACCUAACGCGCAGAAACAAUGGUUUCCAUCGCCAAGGUGCUCCUCGCAGUCUUUGGCGUAGCGGUGGUCGUCGUUUUGAUUGCAGUGCCCACGGCUAUAUAUUUAAAUGAGGACAAGGUGGAGGUCGGGAAAACCUUCAGGCUGGAGGAUGUCUUCAACAGCUCACUGAAGCCAAAGUCCUACAACAUGAGGUGGAUCUCAGACAAUGAGUACCUGCAUAAAUCAGACGGCUCGGUCUUCCUCAACAACGUGGUCACAGGAGAGAACUCAAAUUUCUUGAGUAAAGAGACGUUUGAUCAGAAAGAUGCUACUGACUACCAGCUGUCUGCUGACCACAAAUACGUCGCAUUUAUGAGCAAUUACUCCAAGCUGUGGAGACAUUCGUUUACAGCCUCAUAUUCACUUUAUGACCGGGAGUUAAACAAAUUCAUCACGCCCUCUCGCAUUCCUGAUCGAGUCCAGUACUUCGCCUGGGCUCCUCAAGGGAACAAGCUGGCCUACGUGUGGGGGAAUAAUGUGUACGUAAUGGCCAACCCUGAGUCUGAACCACAGCAAGUGACUUUCAACGGCGAGGAAAAUCUGAUUCUAAACGGCAUUCCAGACUGGGUGUAUGAGGAGGAGAUGUUUUCAUCCACUCAGGGCCUCUGGUGGUCACCUGGAGGGAAGUAUGUGGCGUACGCUCAGUUCAAUGACACCGAGGUCCACACGAUCGAGUAUUCGUGGUACGGCGACAACCAGUACCCCAGCACUGUUUCCAUCCCGUACCCGAAGCCAGGCACUCCCAACCCCGUCGUCAAGCUGUUUGUUGUGAACACUGACAACGUGACGGAAAUCACCGAAGUUGUUGUUACAAAGGCAUUCAGCUCAAUUGAACACUACCUGGCCUCUGUUACGUGGGCAACCGACACCCGUCUGGCUGUCCAGUGGCUCAAGAGAGUCCAAAACCACCUCAUGCUUCAGAUCUACGACCUUAGUGGAUCCAGCUGGGUCCCUGGCGAGCCUCUGGAGUUGAAAAGCAGCACGGGCUGGAUCGGUCGGUUCUCUCCAUCGGAGCCAGUUUUCGCUGCAGACGGGAACAGCUACUACCUGCUCAUGACCGACACCGCCAUGUACAAGCACAUCCAUCAUGUGGUCGGGAACAAACCUACAGCCAUCACCUCCGGAAAAUGGGAAGUCAUCGACAUUCUGAAAGUCACCGCCGAUAGCGUGUAUUUUUCAAGCAACCAAGACGGCGGCAGGCCAGGAGGGAGGAACGUUUACAAGUGGACCAGCCAGCAGACCAAGUGUCUGACCUGCUCAUUACGUAAAGACUGCCACUAUAACUCUGCCUACUUCAGCCACAACGCCUCCUUCUACCGUAUGAGCUGCAGCGGUCCUGACAUCCCUCACCAUUCCCUCAUGGAUAACCAGAACAAUAAGGAGCUCAAAGUUUUGGAGGACAACAGUGAGUUUGUGAGCAACACAGCGGACAUCCAGAUGCCCACCAUGCGUCGAGGCACCAUUAAACUGGGCGGAUACACUCUGUGGUACCAGAUGUUUCUGCCUCCAGGCUUUGAUGAAUCCAAGAAGUACCCUUUACUGAUAGAUGUGUACGCCGGUCCCUGCAGCCAGACGGCGGACUUCGUCUACACGGUGAACUGGGCCACCUACCUGGCCAGCACGGAGAAAAUCAUCGUCGCGAGCUUUGACGGAAGAGGAAGUGGUUACCAGGGCGACAAGUUAAUGCACGAACUCUACAAACGUCUGGGAACAUAUGAGGUGGAAGAUCAGAUAACAGCCACCAGGGAAUUCAUCAAAAUGGGCUUCAUCGACAAAGACAGAGUUGCUAUCUGGGGAUGGUCCUACGGUGGAUAUGUGACGUCGAUGGUGUUGGGUUCUGGCAGUGGAGUGUUUAAAUGUGGGAUGGCUGUGGCUCCAGUCUCCAAAUGGAAAUAUUAUGACUCCAUCUACACAGAGCGCUACAUGUUGGAGCCGUCGCAGAAUCCUGACUUCUACGCUAACUCAACUGUGACUGGCAGGGCCAAGAAUUUCCAUUCGGUGCAGUAUCUUCUAAUUCAUGGAACGGCUGAUGACAACGUUCACUUCCAGCAGGCGGCCGAGAUCUCAGAGGCUCUGGUGGAGGAGCAGGUGGACUUUGAGGCCAUGUGGUACACAGAUAAGGAUCACGGCCUCCCCGGUGCAGCCAAUCAACACGUCUACACCCACAUGAGCCACUUCCUCCAGAGGUGCUUCGUGUGAAUUCCUCUGGAUCUGUCGUUAUCCUGUGUGGAUUAAAAAAGCUUUUUUUUAGAAAAAAAGAAGACAUGUAAUUAUAAAUGCAUUUGUGUUUUGUUUUGUUUGUUGUAUCGAUUCAGGGACAAAAACAUAAUGAGUAACGUGGUCGUGUCGGUGUGUCUGGGUUUGUCCUGCAUAUAUUCAUUCAGAAAUACCAGCAUCGAUGGAAACUGUACCUGAAAUUAUUACCUGUGACACAUCUAUAAGAACGUGAUUUAUAUUUUACAAUGUGUGCAUUUAACGUGUAUUUCUUGAGCUGAGGAGGAACAUACACAUAAUAAUAUGAAGGAUGCAGAAAAGCACAACUAAGCCAAAGUGAUUUUAUACAGUUUUGCUAAUUUUAUAAGAUUUAUUGUAUAAAGUAUUUUCUAAAAUAAUAAUAAUAAAAAAAUGUGAUAAUAAGAA